CAAUCAAUGCUCCACCCACCCGGUGCGCUUCCAUAAGAAAAACGAGCGUUCCCGGUAGAGGAGCAGCUGUUUUGGUCUGUUUGAGCAGAAGCUCUUAGUUUAACGCGCAGAAGAUUCUGUAUUUCUCCGUGAGAAGGGUCUGUCCUCACUGUUGUCUGCCUCACAGGAACAAUGAUGAACUUCUGCGGUCUGCUCACUGAAAAGAAGGAACCAGUUCCUCUGAAGAGCAUUGAUGCUCAGCUGGAGGUGAAGGACCAUGUAGCUACUCUGGUCUCCACUCUGAACUACGAGAACAAGGAGGACAAACCUCUAGAGGCUGUGUUUGUCUUCCCUCUGCCUGGAGAUGCUGCUGUGUGUCAUUUCAGUGCUCAGAUUGGAGAAACACACAUUGUAGCUGAGGUGAAGGAGAAACAGCAGGCUCAGGAGGAGUAUGAUGACGCUCUGAGCUCCGGUCAGCAGGCCUUCCUGUUGGAGGAGAGUGAGCAGAGUCCAGAUAUCUUCUCUCUGAAGGUGGGCAGGCUGCCUCCAGGAGAGAGCGCCUCCAUCAGGCUGGAGUACGUCACUGAGCUGGCUGUGCAGGCUGAUGAUGGGCUGAGGUUCUGUCUGCCUGCUGUGCUCAACCCUCGAUACCAACCCCAGGGUAGUGAAGGUCCCAGUGUCCAGGUGACCUCAGUACCAGCCUCUCUGGUGCCCUACAGUCUGUCCUUUUCCGCCCAAGUGUCCUCUCCUCGUCCAAUCUCUAAAAUAGAGUCCAGUUGCUCUCUGGAGCCUCUUCAGUAUCUCAAUGCUGAUCAAACUAAGGCCACGGUUAAAUUGGGUGGAGGACACAAGUUUGACAGAGACAUUGAGCUACUGAUUUAUUACAAAGAUACCCACCAGCCCUCUGCUGUGGUGGAGGCAGGACAGGCCUCUGCCAAACCUGGCUCUCUGAUGGGUGACCCAGUGGUGAUGGUUAGUCUUUACCCUGAGUUCCCCCAAUCAGUGAUGUCCUCACUCGCCACCUGUGGAGAGUUUGUGUUCUUGGUGGAUCGAUCAGGAAGUAUGGACUGCCCCAUGAACAACAGCACACCGCAAGAAACUCGCAUUAGCAGUGCACGGGAUACUCUGCUGCUCCUGUUGAAGAGUUUACCAAUGGGCUACUACUUCAACAUUUAUAGUUUUGGUUCCUCCUUUGAGCACAUCUUCCCUAAGAGUGUGGAGUACACUAAGAAGACCAUGAAGAAGGCUCUAGAAAAGGUUGAAAAGAUGGAGUCUAAUCUUGGAGGAACAGAGAUUCUUCAGCCUCUUAAUCACAUUUACAGCCAAGCCUGCAUUCCCAAACAUCCUCGACAGUUGUUUGUCUUCACUGACGGAGAGGUGAGGAACACCAAAGAAGUUACUGAUCUUGUUAAGAAGAAUGCAGGCUCCCACAGGUGUUUCUCUUUUGGGAUUGGAGAAGGAGCCAGCUCUGCUCUCAUCAACGGGAUGGCCAAAGACGGCGGAGGUCAAGCUCAGUUCAUCACUGGGGCUGACAGGAUGCAACCAAAAGUGAUGCAGUCACUCAGGUUUGCACUGCAGCCAGCUGUGAAUGACAUUUCCGUCUCUUGGGAUUUACCAAAGGGAGUGUCCGCCACCGUUCUCUCUCAACCCAUUACAGCGAUAUUUCAGGGUCAGAGAUCGCUGAUUUAUGCUCAGCUUACAGGACCGAGUUCAGAGGAAGCAGAUGGCAGUGUGACAGUGAAGUACAGCCUGGCAGGUCAUCCCUCUCAGAACCAGCUGCACUUCAACCUCAAACCUGCAGAGGACUCUGGAUUAACAGUCCACAGGCUGGCUGCUCGCACUGUGAUUCGCUCAAUGGAGUCAGAGGAGAGGACACGAAGAAGACACCAGGAUGAAGAAAUGAAGAAGAAGGUGGUGGAGCUCAGCAUCCAAUCAGGAGUAAGCAGUUGUUUCACUGCCUUCAUUGCUGUCAACAAAGACAGCAGCCAGGCAGUUCAAGGACCGCUGGUGCGCAGAAAUGUCCCAACAGUAAUGGCGAAUUUGGGUUUAGCUCCACAAAGAGCUCGUGUGUCUCUUCGAUCUCGACUUAACAAUUAUAUGCCUUCUCUAUUUCGACGUGACAAUUAUACGUCUUUUCAAUCUCAACCUGCCUAUUAUACGUCUGUUCGAUCUCAACCUGCCUAUAGGUCGCUUUGUAUUGAGAGGUCUCUUGGUUACAGACAUGAAGAACCCAUUGAUUGUGAUGGUGAUUUAGAUUCAGGUAGGUCAGCACGGUCAGCCGCUGAACCACCACAGCCCCAUAAAGACCCUCUGCUGCAGCUGGUGUCCCUGCAGAAUGCGUCUGGCAGCUGGAUGCUUCAUGAAGCUCUGGCUGCUGUGCUGGGAAAAACCAAAGAGGAGGUGGAAAAGGCAAAACCAGAAUUGGCCAGAAAUAAAAUGUGGGCCUCCAUUCUGGCUCUGAUUUGGCUUCAUGGUUUUAAGAUGGAUGCAAAGGAGGAGUGGGAGCUUCUGGCUAUGAAGGCGGCAUCAUGGAUUAAAGCUCAGAACGCUCCAUGUGUGUCAGAGUGCGUUGAAGCUGGAAAUACACUGUUGGGUUGCAGCAUGAAGAAAGAAGCUCUGGGGCUCUGAGGUUUUCUGUGAACAGGCUUCAGCUCUACUAUGAAAGCAGCUGAGUGGAGAAAGGAAAACACUGAAGUUAAUGAUGACCAAGAAGAAGAUGUUUAUUGUAGAUUAUAGAUGUGUUUAUUCCAAGUC